AUGAAUUCAGAACUUUACCCUGAUUUUAUUCAAAAAAUACAGAACGUCUUAAGUCUCAUCGAGAAUGAUGUUUUUCUUGUAAAUUUCAUAUUAUCAUGCGUUUCACUUAUUGUCAACAUAUUCCAUUUGUCAAUAAUAACCCAAAAAUCUAUGAGAAUAUCUUCAAUAAAUGUUUUAAUGAUUGGGAUGACUAUUUGUGAUAUUUUUAGUGUGUUAAAUACGAUAUAUCGUUACUUGGAGCUGGUUGAUUUGGAAUACCCAGAGUGCGUAACCUCGGAUUCCUUUCUAAAGGCAUACAUGGACAUCACAUCGUGGUCUUUACAAGAUUUCUUAAGACGGUGUAGUUGUUGGUUGGGAAUCUUUAUUGCGACUGUUCGCCUCAUAAUUAUUAGAAAUGUGUCCAAUAAUAGCAACUCCGAUACUGCUACACCAAAAUAUGGAAUUAUUUUGAUAAUAUUCGUAAGUUGUAUCAGUGGCGUUUUUCAAGGAAUGUUUCAAUAUGCAAUCAAAAUAGUUGAGAAUCACAACAACACAUUAUACUCUAUCUGUGCAGAACACCAAGAUAUCACUAAAGAUCCAAAGUUUUUUAUAGAUGUACGUCCAUCACGUAUUGAAGAUCGUCUUUUAUAUAUUCAAACAUAUAUAUUUUCUAAUGCAAUACUUUCUCAUGUUAUUCCAAGUGCGGUACUUCCCACUCAAACUGUGCUUCUUCUCCGGGAAAUUUGAAGAAUCGAAAAGUCAAGAUUACUGAUUCAACGGAAUAAGGAGGAUAAUGAAAAACAGUUCGGGCUUCCUACGAAGCUUAUAACCUUGCUCACAAUUACUUCAUUCCUUGCGGAUGCUCCAUUGGGGUGUAUUGUGAUAAUAAAGGUGUUUUUCCCAGCGGGUACUAGACUAAUGCGGCUCCUGACAGAUCUUGUCGUCUACUUCAACAUUUUGUCAACUGUCGUAAUACUACUGCACCCAGUCAUGUGCCUUAUGAUGUCGAGCCAGUAUCGGAUCACUGCUCGAAAAUUGUUCAGAAUCAAGACGAUAACUAUAGCUUUGGCAGAGAACAACAUCCGUGUCCUUCCGAAACGGGAAUCACCUGAGACGGGCAUGUAAUA